AAACAACCAGCUGUUACAAAAUUACACACAGCAGCACAAUGCCACUGGAAAAUGCACAGCAGCAACCAGAAAUUGCUACCAGAACAUGCUGGUGUAAUAAUUGUUUUUAUCAACGUGCCAAUUGAACAUAUGGGCCCAUUUUUAAGUUAAAGUUCUUUCAUGUGAAGUGAGAAGAUUCGACCCGACGUCGAAUCCGGCCACUGUCCUUUUCAACAAUCUAACCCUCCCUCGACUCUAGUAAUCUUAUUCUCUCACUAAAUGCGGAUUGUUGAAACCCUUAAAAUAUUUACCAAAAACCAUAUACGGGAAGAAAAAUUUGUUGCUGAUCUGUAAUUAAACAUUAAAUUCAGCAGAUUUUGCUAAUGGCGGGAGAACUUCCGUUUGAUAAGGACAGUGGCAACGAAAACACUUUGCAGUCGAUUCGAUAUUCGCGGGGACGCCUGCAGCUUCUGGACCAGAGAAAGCUACCCCAUGAAUCUGUUUAUAUUGACAUUCACGACUCUACAGCAGGAUGGCAUGCUAUACAAGACAUGGUGGUACGUGGUGCACCUGCAAUUGCUAUAUCAGCUGCACUUUCUCUUGCGGUGGAGGUUAUUAAUUUGGGUUCGGUUGAUUGGAAGGUGGAUGAUGCUAUUGCAUUUCUGCAAAAACGGUUAGAAUACCUUGUUUCUAGUCGCCCAACAGCAGUUAACCUUUCAGAUGCUGCCAAAAAAUUGGAUGAUGUGGUCCUAAAGGCUUCCACUCAAGCCUCCAGUCCUGAGAGCAUUUUUCAGGUCUAUAUUGAAGCUGCUGAAAAAAUGCUGAUAGAUGAUGUGAAUUCUAACAAAGCAAUCGGUUUACAUGGGGCUAAAUUUAUUCUACACCAAACCAAUAAAAGUCACAACCUCAAUGUUUUGACUCAUUGUAACACUGGAAGCCUUGCAACAGCUGGAUAUGGUACUGCUCUUGGUGUGAUUCGUGCACUACAUUCUGAGGGUCUGUUAGAGACUGCUUUUUGCACAGAAACCAGACCAUUCAACCAGGGAUCAAGGCUCACCGCAUAUGAAUUGGUCCAUGAUCAUAUACCAGCAGUGCUUAUAGCAGAUUCUGCAGCAGCUGCAUUGCAAAAGUCAGGUCGUGUAGAUGCAAUAGUUGUAGGAGCAGAUAGGAUUGCAGCAAAUGGUGACACAGCAAAUAAAAUAGGGACAUAUAAUCUGGCACUCUCGGCUUUCCACCAUCAUAUACCAUUUUAUAUAGCUGCUCCUCUGACCUCAGUGGAUCUCUCUAUUUCCACUGGUGAGCAAAUAAUAAUUGAAGAGAGGUCACCAAAAGAACUAACUCAUGCUCUUGGUGGCCAAGGGCAACAAGUAGCUCCAUCUGGGAUUUCUGUUUGGAACCCUGCUUUUGACAUUACCCCUGCAAAUCUUAUCUCAGCCAUUAUAACUGAAAAGGGCAUCAUUACAAAGAAGGAUCAAAGUUCCGUGUUUGAUAUAAAGGGGUUCAUAGAGAAUGUUUCUUGAAUUAGGGAGCAGACAAUUAUCAUUGGAUAUAUGUUAAAUGUAAGUAGUUGGAUGCUCGAUCAAAGGAAUUGAAGGAACUUCAUGCUGGGAAAUCCAAGCUUAUGUAAUCUAGUUAUAAGAACUGAAGUAUUACUGUAUUUUGGAAGUUGUUCAUUUGAAGAAGUGGAAUGGACGAUGGAUUAGGGACUUAUGGCAUCCAUACCUGCCUUUUCUUCCUGAGCAAUAGGGAGUAAAUUUCCUGCCAUGUACAUGGUAAGGAUGAAGCAAUGUUUGAUGGAGAACAUUCAGCUAAUAAUGUCACUAUAUCAAGAUCUGAGGUUCUAUUUUUAAACUUACAUAA